AAUGCAUAUUGGAAGUAAAUGGGAAUAAUGACAAUUUAUUCGUGCAAGUCCAACGACAUACGACGUCCAAUGACUAACAGUCAUUUUCAUUGCAGAUUUUAAAGAAAAAAUUAGUCUACCGAGGAAAUUUAAUUAAACAAUAAAAUAAUCAAGAAAUAUUUUUAACGCUAUAAGAAAAAACAGUAAAAUAUAACAAUUUAAUAACGAAAUUACAAAAUAAAACAACGAAGUAAAAAGCAGAAAAAAAAACAAAGAAAAAAGAUUAACACCAACAAACGUCAAAAGAAAUCAUAAAAAUUGUAUUGUGAAAAAAAGAAGAAAAAUUUAAACGAUAGAAGAAAAAAACGUUUAGAACAAUCAAUUAUAACAUCAACUAAUAAAUUUAUUAACUAAACAAAUAUUUCCAAUUAAUUUCGACGAAAAAUGGGUAUUUUUUCACAAUCUACUGGUUUUGAUGCUGAUGUGGAAAAAGCCACCAGUGAAACAAACACCAAUGAAAAUUGGACCUUAAUAUUAGAGGUUUGUGAUAAGGUCUCCUUAAAUCCUCGAAAUGCCAAAGAAUGCUUAAAAGCCAUUAUGCGACGCAUGGCCCACAAUGAUCCCCAUGUUGUAAUGCAAGCGAUCACUCUAUUGGAUGCCUGUGUUAGCAAUUGCGGCAAAACGUUUCAUUUGGAAAUUGCCUCACGAGAAUUUCAAACUGAAUUCAUUCGCUUAUUGGGCAAGGUCCAACCCAAAUUACAAUCGAAAAUGUGUCAAGUGUUAAAGCGUUGGGCUGAGGGUGAUUUCAAAAGUGAUCCUGAGCUUAAUUUAAUACCUUCAUUGUAUGCAAAAUUGCGCCAGGAGAAUUAUGACUUUAGUAACUUUAAUGAAAAACCUGCAAAAACUGCAGCGAAAUUAGCGGCAGCCAAGGAUCCUAAUGUUGUAAGCAGUCAGCAGGAAGAGGAUGAUUUGGCUAAGGCUAUAGAAUUAUCUUUGAAGGAAGCGAAAAAUAGUCCAAAACAAGGAACAUCAACAGCUUCUGGUGGAGGAUCUGCUAAUUAUCCUUCUUUGUAUCCUUCGAUGUCAGGGUCAGCAUCUGCUGCACCCUCUGCCGCUGUCGAACCUCGUAAGGUGCGAGCCUUAUACGACUUUGAGGCAGCCGAAGAAAAUGAACUCACCUUUGUGGCUGGUGAAAUUAUUCAUGUCACAGAUGACUCGGAUCCCAAUUGGUGGAAGGGCUACAAUCAGCGCAGUGAAGGCUUAUUUCCCUCCAAUUUUGUAACGGCCGAUUUGUCAGUAGAUCCGGAACGAUUGGAAAUAAAUCAGCAACAUAAGAUGAAAAAGAGCUCUCAAUUCGAAGAGGAUGCCAAAGAAUUGCAACAAAAAACGGAAGCAGCCGCUGCUGCAGCAGCCACACAAAGUAUAGAUAUUGAUGAGCAGAAAAUAGACCGUUUGUUGCAUUUGUUGAAUGAGGCCAAUCCUGAGGAUCCCUCUCAGGAUACAGAAGAAAUGCUGAGAUUAGAACAGGAAGUUCACCAAAUGGGUCCCUUAAUUGAUGCUGAACUAGAAAGGGUUGAUCGUAAACAUGCCCAAUUAUCGCAGCUGUCAAGUGACUUGGUUGAUGCCAUUAAUUUGUAUCACUCCCUCAUGAGAGACGAUCGUAAUGCAUUAGGUUCACCCUACAAUAUGCCUGGUGCAAUGCCAGGCAUGCCAUUACCUGGUGCCGGCUUUCCUGGUCAAUCUAAUAUAAUGUAUGGCACAAAUCCAUCAUUUGCUGGAGCUUUUGGUCCACACAGCCUACCACAUGGUAUGAAUUCGUUACCCUAUUCUCCACCAGCUGGUAAUUUCCCAGCACAACAUCAAAUGUCAAGCAUACCAAUUCAGUACCAAAAUGGUCAUGUUGCUAACCAACAAACUCCUCACCAACCACAUUCGCUGCAAGGACUGCCACCACACUUGAACCAUCAAAUGAUGCCUCAACAACAGCAUCAGCUACAAAAUCAUUCGCCACAACAACCAGGCAUGUAUGGACCACAACAGCACAUGGCUUCAAACAAUUUAAAUACUGGAGGUGACUCUCAGCAGCAGCAGCAGCAGCAGCAGCAACAACAACAGCAUAUACCAAAUCAACAACACCACUUUAAUCAUAUGUUGCCUCCCCAGCAGCAGCAGCAACAACAUUAUAUGCCACAACAAGCACCAACAGUUACCACUACCGAAAUACCAAGAAAUCAUUUAGCAACUCCCACACAACACUCACAUGUUCCCCAACAACAACAGCAACAACAACCACCACCUAAUCAGUUUAUAUCACCACAACAUCAGCAUGUCCAACAGCCACCUUUCAUGAAUAGUCCCUCUAACCAACCCUCCACUAAUCCUCACCUUUAUAAUCAUUCGGUAGGCGAUCAACAACAACAACAGCAACAUACACUAUCAUUUAUGGCUGCUCCACAAAAUGUAGCAAACAAUAUGCCACCUCCCUCUGGAACACUUGAUCAGUUUGGUCAGUUGCAACAGCAAAUGGCCAAUAUGACAAUGACUGGCCAACAACCGUAUCAAACAAAUCUACCACAAAACAUUCCAAUUUACCAACAACAACGGUAAAAUAUUACAACAUCAGAAUCAAACCCCAAAAAGAGGGGAAAAAUAGAAACAAACUAAAAACUAUUCCAUUAAAAACGUUUUUAAUACUUGGUAUUUUAAUUUACUUUGUUCGAUUAUUAUAAUCCUAAGUCCUUUGAAAUGAAAAUUGUAGUUUUUGUUUUAGUUGUUUAUUUGCAUUAUUUGAUGUUGACGUUGUUUGUUUUUUUUUUCAAAUGGAAUUCUUUCUCUUAUAAUCAUUAGUAAUUUAUUUGUCACACCAAACACUUUGUAAACUUUGUUUCCUAACUGUGUAGUUUUGUUUUCGUAUUUAUCUCUUUCGACCCCCUCGUACACCAUCUAUCUACAUAUAUCUACUUAUAUCGUUCUGACUACCACUGUUUUGUAAUCUUAAGUCCCAUUUUUAGUUGUUUGGCUGCAUUGAGAUAAAUAAAUCGGAACAUAAGUGGUAAAUGAAGAUGAUUAAUAAUAAAAACUAAUAAUUUUUAAUCGCAAUCCUUAAAAGAAAAAACUCUAAAAAGAAAACUUAUCAAAUAAUAUUAAAUAAUAAACAAAAAUAAAUAUAUUAUAUUCAUACAAACACAUUAUUUACUAUUAUUCUUAUGGUAUGAUAUAAAAAUGAAAUAUAAAUUAUUAAAAUAAAA